AUGCUCCCAAAUUUGAUGGAACAAAGCUCUGAUCACAUGGUUUCAGAUAAACAUUUCGUCCUCCAGUGGCCGGAAAAUUUACCGCUUAAUGUCGGUGCACCGCUUAUAUGUGUCGAAAUCACCACUUACAGACCUCUCAGAUACUUCGGACCCGAUAAACCAGGGAUGAAAAUCGGUGUUGUUGGUCUUGGUGGACUUGGGCUGUUGGGCAUGUUGCUGAGAAGAUGGCGAAAGCUUUUGCUGCAGAAGUUGUUGUUUUCAGCACUACUCCUGCUAAGAACCAAGAAUCACUCCAAGGACUUAACGCUGACCAUUUCAUUGUUAGCAAAGACGAAAAACAGAUGCAUGUGA